AUGAAUCAUGGAGUUUUUCAACAUAAGUUUGAUAAAUAAAAAUAGAGAACUAUAACUUUGAUACAGAAGUUAGAUAAAGACCAAAGAUAAUUAGAAAAAAUAAAAUAGAGAAAUAUUUUAAGGGUUGAACGUUUGAUGUCCCUGAAUUAGAAAGAUUUAAACACCGUCUGCACUUCAAGUUUAUCAACAGAUCAUAAAAAUGAAAUAAAAUUUAGUUUACAAAGUCGAAAAAAUGCUUAUUAAAUCAAAUUAGAAUCUUUGGAGGAGAGUUUUGCUUUCCAGAAAUUUGAUAUGAAUAAUCAAAAUAGAAAUUAUUGGUACUUAUUAUAUUCAAUAAAAAUAGGGCAAGAUUAGCAUAUAGAUAAACAUUAUAAAACAGUGAUAGAUAAUAUAGACACAUUUGA